CAACAACUCAAUUCACUCCAACAACGGUUGCUGUUCUUGUUCACUCCUUUACGCAAUCGCCAUGAUCCCAAUCACCAUCAUUACAGGCUUCUUGGGGUCAGGAAAGACGACACUCAUCCUCAAUUUAAUCCCUCAGCUGCCCAAAAACUACAAACUCGCCCUCCUCAAGAACGAAUUCGGCGAUGUCGCCAUAGAUUCACAACUAGCAACCUCAAGCGCUAUUUCUGGAGUGCAAGAGCUGCUCAAUGGCUGCAUAUGCUGUAACCUAGUCGGGCAGCUCUCCGACGCUCUCGAGACCCUUGCGCGCGAUGUUACCCCCGAUCGAAUCGUAAUUGAGACUUCAGGGUCUGCCUUCCCCGCCACGCUUGCAAUGGAGGUCAAUCGUCUGUCCCAAAGCACUGGGAAGUACAUACUGGACGGAGUCAUGUCUGUCAUUGACGUGGAGAAUUGGAAGGGUUAUGAAGAUACAUCCGUCACUGCGAAAAUGCAAGCUCGCUACACUGAUCUGAUUGUGCUGAAUAAGUGGGAACUGGUCAGCGAAAGAAGGCUAGAGGAUGUUGAAGACGCCAUUCUAGCUCUGGAAGUAGAUCCUCCGACUCCAAGAACGAAAAGCGACAAGGGAUGGGUAGACAAGGACAUCAUCUUCGGACUAGAUGCGAAGUUGGCCAAAGGAAUUGGCACGAGGUCGCAACAUCACCACGACCACGGCCACCAAAGCGAGGUGGAGGUACUGUCAGUAACCCUGACUUCCCCAACAAAGACUGGACUAGACGUGGGCAAACUGUGUAAGCUAUUAGAGGAACCCACCAAAGACGCAGUGUACAGGAUGAAGGGCGUCCUUUAUGCGAAUACAAUUCCAAAAUCCUCAGAUGGCCGCCCGGCCUCCGCUCUCACUGUCUGCGGCCGAACGCGGUACAUCCUCAACUGGGCCUUCGGUCGCUGGACCUUCACCGAGGCACCUCCGCCAUCUACGAACUCAACUCCAAUGGCUUCAGGAACGGCAACACCAAUAAGCUCCGGAUAUUCGACGCCCAUACCUGCGGGUGAAGAGCCAGAUCUGAGAAUGACCGUGAUCACGGCAAAGUACGAGUCGAACAUGUUCCAGAAAACUAUAGAAUCUGGUGGCUAUAUUGCUUCCCAAGAUGGUUCAGAUGGCGUUCUUACAGUCCAGAGGAUUCUAUGAACAAGUCUGUAGACAUGCAUUUCGUCUAUAUUCAUUCGAUUUCUAGAACCUUCAAAUCCGCCAGUCACUCUGUGAACAGUAAUCAAAUACUGGACGCGGAUCACGAAGCAUGGUUUCAAGCCCGCAUGCAGUAACGUUGAGACAAUCAUGUGUUUGUUCAGCUGCAAAGAUGAGUCUUGGCAAGGCGGACAUGAACUUGGAGCACCCUGAUUCGAUUUUCCAAAGCCUUGCGUAAUACAAAAUC